CCUCGCCGUAGCCCCACGACCCGCCGCGUCGCCGAGGUGUUCAUCUCGGUGGGGCCACACUGACCAUGCUCAGGAGCUUCUGUCUCCAGCUCAUGUCCUUGGUUUGGAUCCUUUUGGCCCAUCAUCAGCUUACCCAAGGAGAUGACUGCAGCGAGCGCUGUAAUCUUGCCCAUGGCUGCUGUGACCAGGAUGGGAAGUGCAGGUGCGAUCCAGGCUGGGAGGGCGAGUACUGCGAGGAGUGUGUGCGUAUGCCGGGGUGUCUCCAUGGGACAUGCCACCAGCCGUGGCAGUGCAUCUGUCACACUGGCUGGGCCGGCAAGUUCUGUGACAAAGACAUACACAUCUGCGAACAUGAGUCCCCAUGCCAGAAUGGGGCUCAGUGUGUCUACGAUCGAGAUGGGGAAUAUUCCUGCCUGUGUCCAGAAGGCUUCCACGGAAAGGACUGUGAGAUGAAGACGGGGCCAUGUGAGAAGGCAGGGUCUCCAUGCAGGAAUGGGGGGCAGUGUCAAGAUGAAAAUGGCUUCGCCGCUAACUUCACCUGCCGGUGCCUUGCUGGCUUUGUGGGGCCUCUCUGUGAGAAUGAUGUGGAUGACUGCUUAAUGCGUCCCUGUGCCAACGGUGCCACCUGCCACGACGGGAUCAACCGCUUCUCCUGCCAGUGCCAGGUGGGCUUCGAAGGGCGUUUCUGCACCAUCAAUAUCAACGACUGUGCUAGCCAGCCAUGCAAAAAUGGGGCAAAGUGCUACGACCGCAUCAAUGACUAUGACUGCCUGUGUCCUGACCGUUUCACUGGCAAAAACUGUGAGAUCUCCGUCCCUGAGCCCACCUGGGCUCCCCCCUACCACCCUGUGAACCACGAGAACACCGGGGAUGUGAAAAGCACCACCAGCGAGAUGCCAGGGGUGACGCAAUCAGAGCCUGUCAGGACCGUGGUCACGGGGCAGCGUGUGGCCAACCACAGUGAGAAGGAGCAGGGGGGAGGGUUGUUGAAAAUCUCUGUGAAGGAGGUGGUGACCCAAAGGGACUCCGGGCUGAGCGAAGCCCAGCUGGUGACAGUGCUGGUGUUCGGGGUGCUCACAGCAGUGCUUGUUCUCAUCACCGUCCUGCUAAUGCUGAGGAACUGGCAGAGGGGCCGUCAGAGGUCGAACUGGUGCCAAAGCCCUUCUCAGGCUGCAAGGAAGCUCCAAGACCAGGAGUGUCAGGUGGGCAUGCUCAACACCGUCCUGAUCGAGCCCAGGAAGACCACAGAGCUGUGAGCUGCAAGGACUCUCAGCCGGGCCCUGGCAGGUCAUCGUGCUGGCAAACCCUUCCAGCUGCACUGUGGGGAGCUGUGAUGGCACAGGCCGGGCAGUGGGGAAGGGCUCCCAGGGCAGCAAACAUGUCAAUUAAACCUCUGGGCAUAGAGCAUUGGUGGCACAGCCCCACCUGGGUCUGAGCUGUCUCCUGCCUGGCCAGCACAGCUGGGACCCACAGUACCUGAAAACAGGGCUGUGUUGGGCCAGCCCUGCAGGGGAGUGGUGAUGUGUGGCAGCCCACACCAUGCAGUGCUGCUAUCAUCCAACUUGAGCUCUCAGAAACAGGAUGGGUAGUGCUGGGGAAGGGCACGGCCUUCCUGUAAGCCCAAACUCUGCCAGGCCAUUUUUAACUCCUUUCUGUGACUACUGGAAGGGGCUUUGACCUCUUUUCUGCUGGCACUGGGAUGUUUCUUCUGGGGCCUUCGGGACAGUCAUGGCCACAAGGGCCUCCGUUCCCUUGUACUGGAUGGAGUGCCUCCCAGCUGUUUCUGGAGGCUGACAUUUCAGAUGCCAUGUCCCUAGGGAAAGAGCAAACACCCUUACUCCCUGGCCUUGUGGUUCUGUGAGCCAGUUCAAAGAGACUCUGGAGAUCAUUUGGAGUUUCCUUGUGCCCUUCUUCUGCCCUGGGUGAUGUUCCCUCCUCUUGCUGUCAGACUUGGGGUUACAAACAUAUUCUGUACUUUGCUCCUCGUGAUCCAGGGGUCUUCUCCUCCCACUUACCAAGCCGUCCUUUCUGGUCUGACCACAAAUGACCAAGCUCCUUCCCCUCUCCGGAGUACACUUCUGCCUCACUGUUUGCUGAUGAGGAGGAGCAUGGCUUGAUCCCCUUUGGGGUGCUCUGGGCCUGAGCUGGUCCUUCUCGUAUGCCCUUGCAGGUGCAACUGGAGAUGGACAUGGCUGGAGAUGUACUGUGGCUGGUUCAGGAGCAAUACAAGAUUCAGACUCUCUUCUCUUCUCAGUCACUCCAAGUCAGGCAGCAGGCACUAACCUCAAACCAGCCAUUAUAUCAUUUCUUGAUACCACAAAGGCUAAGCUCCCGGCAGUGGCUGUGAGGACAGGCUACAGAGCCUAGGAUGACCAUAGGAAGCAGAUUCAAGACUGCUUUCUCCACCACUGCUAAAGCACAACUAUGAGGUAGCAGAUGUCCAGGCCACUUAGCCUUUGUACUUGUAGGUCCGCUCCUGCCUGUGCUGGUCAAGUGUGCAGCAGUCAGCAUCCCUCUGCCAGGACCAGGGUUUUCCAUGCUUCCUCAUGGACAUGGAGGGCUAAGCAGUGGGGUUAAGAACCCCACAACCCAAACCCUAUUACUAGCCUGUAGUGUUGCAGAGCUGCGUUCAAGAUGGUGUGAAGGGAGCAGACAGGAAAACCACUCAGCCAGGUGGGAGACCUGGGAGAGGGGACUGGGGCUUCAUCAGAAAUAUUAUUUUUUUAAUACAUGGAUGGAUGAUGUACCUUUAUCAAAUAAAACAAAUACAAGCCCAGAAA